AUGGCACGUGGAGGCGAACUUUUUGACCGUAUUUGUGCCAAGGGCAAUUAUAACGAGCGUGACGCAGCUCAUCUUCCAGAGAAUCUUCUCUUCAAAACGAGCGACGAAAAUUCUGACCUUCUUAUUGCCGACUUUGGGUUGUCUAGAAUUAUUGAUUCCGAGACAUUUCACAUUCUUACUACCACAUGUGGCACUCCUGGUUACAUGGCACCUGAAAUUAUCAAAAAAGAUGGACACGGAAAGCCAGUUGAUAUGUGGGCUAUCGGUGUCAUCACCUACUUUUUGUUGUGCGGUUACACUCCCUUUGACAGGGAACACGAGCUAGAAGAAAUGAAAGCCAUCCUUCGAGCCGAUUAUAAAUACGAGCCUCCUGAGUACUGGAGAGGAAUAACGGAUACAGCGAAAGACUUUAUUGAUAAAUUGUUGACCGUUGAUCCGGCGCGUCGUAUGACUGCCCGUCAAGCACUCGAUCAUCCAUGGCUAACUGAACCUUUGCCAAGCCCCGUCGGUUACCCUCAGAAUCCUGAUCUGCUGCAUAGA